AUGGCAAACAGUGAUUCCCAACCUCUCCGAAAACUUUGGUUGUGCACAGGACGUCUGAAAUCGCUAAUAAAGCGCAUGCGUGACAAUCAAGGAACAAGAGCUAAGAAAGCAAGAACAGUGGAGCCUUCACAUGAAAAGAGCAAUUCACCACAGGAAACUAUUGGAGAAGAGGAGGAGGAUGCUGGCGAGCUGAUUCUGGCUGAACAGACAUUUUUGGAAGCAAGUGGAAAGUUGGCUAAGGAUGAUUACUUGAAGGUUGAUGAAGACACUGGAGAGGUGUCAGAGGCUCUCUUAGAAGAAUUUGGAGUGAAAACGCUCUUUGGGACAUCUGGGAGGUAUGCUCCGCCUCCCGUUAUACAGCUACAACCAGAAGAGAUCAUUCCCUUGCCAGAUAACAAAGAUCCAGCAUGGGUGAAAAAGGGGAUGAUGGAUGAUUUGAUGCUUAUGCUAAUCAUCUUCAUGGAGAGAGGAAAUAACUUCACUAAAAUCAUCAACAGUUCAUCCCCUGAGUUGGCAGAUAUUGUUCGCAGUCUGAGGGACGCGUAUAACAUUAAGGACUCUACGACCAAGGGCACCAACAGACGUCAGGUUAUCACUCUAGCACGAAUUGCCGCAACGUACCCUUGGAACUGUUGCGAGGUCAUGCCGUUUUGUAGAAACCCGGUGGUUACAAAAGCUAGAGUCGACGAUUUUAUCCGUAGGCAUAAUCGAAAGGUAUCGACUGACUAUCCCAUAUUUAUGUACUCUUCCCCGAUUACCGCAAUGAUCCCCACUGAUCCUCUUCGUGAUAAACCGCCAAAAGAGUUCCUGGAUUCCGUAUGCAAAUAUAUGAAGAGCGUCAUGUUGAAUAAUUGGGUGGAAACAACCGUUCGCAGAAGCCAAAUGAAAAAGUGGAAAAUAAUUAACGAUGAGGGCAGGAUUUCCAUCGCUAUCUCAACGGCAGGACGCGCUGUAGAAUUACGGAGCGGACUGUCUAUGGAACAAAUUUUUAACCUGGCAUAG